AUGGUUUACGGGCUCGGAAAUGCAUUCAAGAGUCUGAACACUUACUAUCAAGAAAAAACCACACGAAUUCGGAAUUCUUUGUCUCCAUCCAGACCUUCGAUGAGCGAGACGACAGCCGAGGGCAGCAGUAGCAGCUCAAGAGCUUCUACAACAAUUCCAUCUACUCCAAACAUGGAUUCGACACCGACUGUCGAGGAUCCGACUCAAAACGGUAAUAACGGAAUGUCACGCGACGAGUUCCGUCAAUACGGAAAGGAAACUGUCGACUACAUUGUCGAUUAUCUGGAGAACAUUCAGAAACGUCGUGUCGUUCCGGCCAUUGAGCCAGGAUAUCUGAAAGAUUUGAUUCCAUCGGAAGCGCCGAAUGCUCCUGAAUCAUUUGAAUCCGUUAUGGAAGACUUUGAGAAGCUUAUCAUGCCAGGAAUCACUCAUUGGCAACAUCCAAGAUUUCACGCGUAUUUCCCGGCUGGAAAUUCUUUCCCAUCAAUUAUAGCCGAUAUGUUGAGUGAUGCAAUUGGAUGCGUUGGAUUCUCAUGGGCGGCAUGCCCAGCAAUGACGGAACUCGAGCUGAUCAUGCUCGAUUGGUUUGGAAAAAUGAUCGGUUUGCCAGCCGAGUUUCUUCCAUUGACGGAGAACGGAAAAGGUGGUGGUGUGAUUCAAUCAAGUGCAUCUGAAUGUAAUUUUGUCACUCUUCUGGCUGCAAGAUUCGAAAUUAUGAAGGAACUUCGUCAGAGAUUCCCAUUCGUUGAGGAGGGACUCUUGCUCUCGAAACUUAUCGCUUAUUGCUCGAAGGAAGCUCACUCAUCUGUGGAGAAGGCUUGUAUGAUUGGAAUGGUCAAGCUGCGAAUUCUGGAGACAGACUCGAAGUUCCGUCUUCGCGGAGAAACUCUUCGAAAUGCGAUUCAAGAAGAUCGUAAUCUCGGAUUGAUUCCAUUCUUUGUCUCCACUACUCUAGGUACAACUUCUUGCUGUUCUUUCGAUGUUCUCUCUGAAAUUGGCCCAAUCUGCAAAGAAAACGAGUUGUGGCUUCACGUGGAUGCCGCCUACUCUGGCUCUGCAUUCAUUUGUCCAGAAUUCCGUCCAUUGAUGAACGGUAUCGAAUACGCAAUGUCGUUCAACACAAACCCAAACAAGUGGCUUCUUAUCAAUUUUGAUUGCAGUACUAUGUGGGUACGUGAUCGUUUCAAACUCACUCAGGCUCUCGUCGUUGAUCCACUCUAUCUACAACACAGCUGGAUGGACAAAUCCAUCGACUAUCGUCACUGGGGAAUCCCAUUGAGUCGUCGCUUCCGAUCUCUGAAGUUGUGGUUCGUUAUUCGAAUGUACGGAAUUGACGGUCUUCAAAAGUAUAUUCGUGAGCACGUGCGAUUGGCCAAGAAGAUGGAGACACUUUUGAGAGCUGAUGCCAAGUUUGAAAUCGUCAAUGAGGUCAUUAUGGGACUUGUUUGCUUCCGAAUGAAGGGAGACGAUGAGCUCAACCAAACUCUUCUCACCCGUCUCAACGCCUCAGGACGUAUUCAUAUGGUUCCCGCCUCUCUCGGUGAUCGUUUCGUCAUUCGUUUCUGUGUCUGUGCCGAAAAUGCGACCGAUAAGGACAUUGAGGUCGCCUAUGAGAUAAUUUCACAGGCUACACAGCAUGUAUUACACGAUAGUGUGAAAGCGGCAAUUGCUGAGGAGGACGAAGAAGCUGUUGCUCUGGAGGAGAUGGUCGCUGACCUCAACAUUUCAGAGACGCCCGAAAAAGUUCUUGCUCGACAAAACUCAGCGAACGCGGAAACUGGUCAGAGAUUGGAACGACAACUGUCAAAAGAAGAGAUUCUAGCCCAAAAACAACACGAAAGCCUCGCAAAGAAGAGAUCCUUCCUAGUUCGUAUGGUAUCGGAUCCCAAGUGUUACAAUCCGAAGAUUGUCCGCCAUCUCAACAUGGCUAAUCAUCGCAAAAUGAGUCAAGAUUUGUACCGAGAUAGAACUCUGAUGCAAACAAUUUCUCAUUCCCAACGUCCCAAUCGUCUCUCCCAAUCGCCAGGGUCCGCUGGUUCAGCAUUCUUUGAUGACGAUGAUGAUCGAGUUGUUGCUGAUGUGCAAACUGGAUUGCAAACUCCAAUUUAA